CCGGUGUCCGUCCGUGGGUCCGGGCGAGGCCGCCUCCCGCUUCCUGUCUCCGGCCAGAAGGCAGCGGAAGCCUCCUCCCUGCACCAGCUGCAAAAAGGAAAGGGAAAGAAGGAAGGAAGCAGCAAGGUGAGCCCGCAGGCCCCUCCCUUGCCCUUUUGGACCCCCUUGGGCACCCCCUUGGCCUCCUUCCCUCCUGGCUGCGCUGGGCCCCCACCCGGGAGCCUCGCUGGGCCCUCCGCCGCCAUGCCCCCCACCGCCACCCCCAGCCAUGGACCCCCCUUGCGGGAGCCUCCUUCGGGGCAAGUCUUUCUUUGGCCGGGAGUGGGCGCUGGGCCGGCUGGCGCUGCUGCUGGAGGGGGGCGGCGGGGGGGUGCUGGUGACCGGGGGUCCCGGCUGCGGCAAGACGGCCCUCUGCACCGAAGCCCUGUGGCCCUCCUCUCCGGCUGGGUGCCGGGCCGCUUUGGGGGAGAGCGCCCUGGCCUGGCACUUCCUCCAUCCCCACGACGCCGACACCCGCUGCCCGCGAGGCUUCCUCCGACGCCUGGCCGCACAGAUCCAGCGCUGCCCGCUGCUGCCGCCCGGCUCCCGAGAGCGCCUGAGCCGCGCCCUGCAAGCCCAGAAGGGGGGCGGCCAAGAGGAGGACCCCGACGAAGCCUUCCGCAGGGCGGUGCUGUUGCCCUUGCUUGACCUCCCCCCACCACCCAGGCCCUUGUUGAUGGUGGUGGAUGCACUGGACGCGGGGAUGAGUGACCGGACGAUGGCGGAGGAAGAGGAGGAGGAGCGUGGCCCCCCGCCGGGCCCCAGCCGGACCAUCGCCUGUCUCCUGGGGAGCCACCUCCAGCUGCUGCCCCCCUGGCUGCUCCUGGUCUGCACCGCCCGGACCCACAGCAAGGGGGUUCUGGGACUCUUCCCCAAUUUCCAGCGGCUGUGCCUCGAUGACCUCAGACGGGAGCCGGUGGUGGGCGACGUCCAGCAAUACAUCCUGGCCCGCCUGGGGCGCGAGGAGGCCCUGCGCCGGCACUUGACCCAACAGACGGCCGAGGCCCUGAGCCAGCUGCACAUCAAAAGCAACGGUUGCCUGCUCUACCUGGAGCGGGUCCUGGAUGGUGUGGCAGCUGAGCUGGUCACCCUGCGGGAGGCGCGCCACAUCCCUGGGACCCUCUUUGGUCUCUACCUUUGGCUCUGCCAACGCCUCUUCCCUGGCCAUGGCUUUGCUCUUGUCCGCCCACUGCUGGAGGUCCUCCUGGCUGCCCCUCGGCCUCUGCGCCCAGGGGAGCUCUAUGCCGCCACCUGGACACUCCGUCCCUCAGCCCGGGAGGAGUUUGAAGCCCGCCUGGGAGCCCUGGGGCCGCUGCUGCGGGAGGGGCCCGGCGGCACCUGCCUUCUCUUCCACGCCAGCUUCGCUGAGUGGCUCUGUGAUGUCAAGCACUGCACCCAGAAGUACCUCUGCCGUCCAGCCCUGGGUCACGCAGCUCUGGCCAUGAGCGCCUCGUGCCGGGCGCCAACCCUGAGCCCCGAAGGAGUCCGCCAGCUGGUCCGACACUUGCUGCAGGCGGAGCUAGCCCUGGAGCCCUGGCAACUGGCCCUCUGGCUGCUGUGGUGUGGGGCCCCUCUAGAACGCUGCCUGGAACCCGGCGAGCAACCCCUGGAGCCUGACGUGCUGGAGCUGCUGGUGCUGGCAGGGGCCCAGUUGGGGAACAGGGGGCCAGGUCCCUCGCUGCAGCAUGCCUUGGAGCGCGAGGACUCAGUCCGGCUGCUACUUGAGAAUGGGGCCAGCGUCGACCAGAGGGACCUCAAUGGGAGGACGUUGCUGGCCAGCGCCGCCCACAGUGGCAACCACGAGGUAGCAGGACUGCUCCUGGCACGUGGGGCUCGCACUGAAACCCCCGACCGGCAUGGACAGACCCCCAUGACCCUGGCUGCCCGCCAGGGCCACACCAAGGUCCUGCUCUGUCUGCUGGCCAAUGGCGCUGAGGUCGACCGCCCGGACCGCGAAGGGUGGACGGCGCUGCGGGCAGCAGCCUGGGGUGGGCACAGUGAGGCUGUGGGGGUGCUGCUGAGGGCAGGUGCCAACGUGGACUCCACCGAUACCGAGGGCAGAACUGCCUUGCGAGCAGCAGCAUGGGGUGGCCACGAGGACAUCGUUGCCACACUGUUGGAGCAUGGUGCUGAUGUCAACCGGGCUGACACUGAAGGGAGGACAGCGCUGAUUGCAGCUGCCUACAUGGGCCACAGAGAGAUUGUGGCACUGCUCCUGGCUCACGGGGCUCACGUGGAUCACACCGAUGUAGAUGGCCGGACGGCUCUUUCUGUGGCAGCUCUCUGUGUACCAGCCAGCCGCGGCUAUGCCAAGGUGGUGGAACUGCUCUUGGACUAUGGGGCCUCUCCAGGGCAUGCUGACCGGGACGGGAUGACCCCUUUGUUGGUGGCCGCAUAUGAAGGCCAUGCAGAUGUGGUGGAGCUGUUGCUGGAGGCUGGGGCUGAUGUGGACGAGGCGGACAACACAGGAUGCACACCACUACUGGCCGCUGCCUCCAUGGGCCACCGUUCUGUGGUGGACGCCCUGCUUCUCUGGGGGGCGGCUGUGGAUGUGCUGGAUGGUGAAGGCCGAACGGCACUGGGGGUGGCAGCCGGGACGGGUAGCGAGGCAGCGGUGCGGGCGCUGCUGGCACGGGGCCUGGACGAGAACCACCGGGACAGCCUGGGCUGGACGCCGCUGCACCUGGCGGCCUGGCAGGGCCACGCUAGGACCUGUGCCACUCUGCUGGAGGCCGGUGCCCGGCCAGGGGAACCGAACCGUGAUGGCCGUGUCCCGCUGAUGCUGGCCGCACAGGAGGGCCGGACAGAGGCGGUGCGCCUCCUGCUGGAGCGGGGCUCCCCCAUUGACCGCCGGGGCCAUGACGGGCUGUCGGCCUUGGCUCUGGCUGCGUUGGGUGGGCACCGUGCCACAGCAGAGCUGCUUCUGCGCAAAGGGGCGGAGACCAAUCUCUCGGACGCGGAGAGCCGGCCCACGCUGUACCUACUGGUGCUGGAGGGCCGGGCCGAGAUGGCGGAGCUGCUGCUGGAGAAUGGAGCCAGUCCAGAGGGGAGGGACGCCCAGGGCCGCACUGCCCUUCAUGUGGCCUGCUGGCAUGGAGAGGAGGAGAUGGCGCGACUGCUGCUGAGCUAUGGAGCUGACGCGGAUGCCUUGGAUGCGGAGCGCCGCUCAGCCCUGCACCUUGCCGCCUGGAGGGGCCACGCAGGGGUAGCCCGCCUCUUGCUGGACAGGGGGGCCCAGCCGGACCAUGCUUGCAACCAAGGAGCCACGGCACUGGGCAUCGCCGCUCAGGAGGGUCACAUCGCAGUAGCCAAGGUCCUGCUGGAACACGGGGCCAGUCCCAAUAUCCUGGACCAGGCGGGGCGCUCCCCGGCCAACAUGGCCGCCAGACAGGGCCACCGGGGUGUGCUCCGGCUGCUGGAGCGGUGGCAGCGGGGCUCGCCGGGCAACACUCCCUCUUCCUCUGGCUCCUCGGCCGGCAGCCCCCUCCCCGCGAUCAAACGCCAGGGCUCCCCUCUGGCCACCUCCUCCUGCCCCGGCUCCUCCUCCUCCACCUUCCACUCUCUGGCCACGGCCCAAACGGUGCCCCUGGACAGCGUGGCCUUUGUGCAGCAGAUCCAGCAGCAGUCUCUGCCCCGACGGAACCGGACUGUGAGCCCUCCGCAAGGCAAGCGUGGUGGCAAGGAGGAAGGGUCUGGGGAGCCCCUGCUCUCCAUCGACACCCUGGACUCCCACCUGCACCUCAAGGCCGCCAUCAAGCUGCAGUUCGAAGGCCCCACCUGCGGAUAUGAAUACAAGCAGGAGACCCCCCUAUGAUGGGCCCUGGGGGGGGGGGGUGGGCUUAGUGGCACAGGGGUGACCCUGCAAUUAUGCUGAUUUCCUGAGGGGCAGUUUGCUAUUCCUAUUCCCAAGCAGAGCGAGAGGAAUUAACUCCAUCCAGGUCUCUCCCAGCAUUGAAGCAGAGGUGCUUCCCAAAAUGAGAGAAGAACAUUUGAGAAGAGAGUGUUGUGGUCGGCCCCCAUUGGGUUGGAAAUGGUGCCAAGCCUUGCCUUAAGCCGCCAUUCCCUGCUUGGGUCCAAAACUUGUCUAUAGCCAAGGGCGGCUGAAGCAAUAGGCAAGAUAAGCAUUUGCGUAUAGCGCACAUCCCCAAGGGGCGCUCUUGAGGCACUCCCGCUUACACUUGAAAAUUAACUAGGGCUGGCCCUGUCUAUAGCAGGCAUGGGCAAACUUUGGCCCUCCAGGUGUUUUGGACUCCAACGCCCACAAUUCCCAACUGCACAUGGGGCACUGGGUGAUACAAUGGCACCCAAUGGAGGAAAUGUGUUUCUUUGGAGGGAUGGGAGACUCAAAGCUGCCCUUCCACCAACUGGGUCCGGUUUUGGCUUGGCUCAAAUCAGGUGCAAGAUGUGUUGUGAAUGGUCUGCAUCUCCAUCCUUGGCUCCCCCCUGGUUCCUUAAAUGGGGCGGGGGCCCAGAGACCCUUCCCCAGUGCCCGACUGCCAGGCCACUAAAGUCAGUGGAAGUAUUUAAGCAAAGGAAUUGGGGGGGGGGGUAUGUUAUAGCAAAAGGAGAGCCCCCCUCUGCUCCGGAGGCCCUGACCCAAGCCCUUCCUUUGGAGAAAAAGGGUGGGGGGCUGUCAGCCAUAGCAACCCCCUUGGCCUUGAUGCCUGAACCACGCUGCCUUCUUCCUUCCUGUCUUAAUCACUUCCAGAUCGAGUGACUUCAGAACCACUUGAAACCAAAUAAAGAAAGUCUUGCUGGAGAAGCCGGGUUCRGUCUGCCAGAUUUGGGGGGUGGGGGGGGGGGUGGGAGACGAUACACCCCCUGUUGCCAUGCGCCCUUCUCCCGCCUUCUGUUGGGSGUGAUUAGGGUGGGGGGCAUGCGCUGACAGUCUUUGGCUGCGUUGUCUUUGCAGAACAGCUCUUGUCAGUAAAGAUCCCAUUCUGCCACA